ACAAGACGCGUCUCUCACAGGGAGCCAUGGCGCCGUGGGGUCAUGGCAACUGGCUGUCUGCUGUACUUACUUGUGUUCGGUGUAGUAGACUGUUAAGCCACGCCAAAGGCGCUUUGCCAGUCAAUUCCGCAGCAACUCACCAAGUGAGUCGUUGUGUCAAACCCAGUAACGUGGACCUUGGUUUGACGCGUGAUGGCAAGACUGUAGUGUGUUUCCAUCCUGAGCCAAACAUUUCCUAUGAGAUGACUCAGCCCAUCCCUAAAGUAGACCCCAUCACUGCGUCUGCGGAAACACAUGAUGUGGUGCUGAAGUCUCGGCUUAGUGGUGCCGUUUUAAAGGAGGAACGCGGGCCGACUAUAGAGGAGCUUAGUAAGAUGUUUUACACCACAAAGCACCGCUGGUACCCUGUUGGAGAAUAUCAUAAACGACGCAGGAAAAGAAAUCCACCCAAAGACCGAUAGAUGGAUUAACCGUACAAGCUGCGCAUAGCUGAUCCUGAUAAAUCUGCAUCAAAAAUAAUCAGAUGAGUUUACGGGAAAGAGUUAAUAUGGCAUUUGUUUCACUUCACUAAUUGUUUGUUCUGUUAAAAAUGUAUAGAAAUUAUAGAAUAUAUAUGGAAUUUGGCAGUGAAAUCAAUUCCUGUUGCAUGCUGUAUUCAGCAAGAGACUCAAGAAAAUGCACAUAUUUAAUAACAAUUAAGAACUGAUAAAUGACUAGAGUUGGUAACACAAACCAGUCUAAUAUGCAGUCAGUUAUUCACAACCUAUCUUAAAUUGGAAUUUCCCUGCUCAAUCGUUGGACACUGUAAUAAUGAAAGCAAGCCAUGUUUCUCAAGCAUGGUUAUUUGGACAUGUUUAUUAAGGAUAAACAUAUUUGCGUUCUCCUGGCAAGAUAAAGGGACUUAUAAAGAGAGUCUGGUGUCAAAAUAAGACUGGAGUUUAGGAACAUGACUCUUUUGCCUGCGUUGUAAUAUGCAUGCCAUUAUACAGAAGUCGUUAUUAUGUAACCAAGGACUAUUGCCAUUAUUAAAUACUUUCCUACUAUCUGAACAUUCCAUACUGAUCAUCUAUUGACUUCGGGAAACAUUAAUAAAAGUGUACAGCACA